AGAUUGUAACAUAUUUUCACAAAAUACGAUAAAAUUAACCAUUUCAAUGAGACAGUGAAACAAAUUUAAACAUGCCCCGAGUUAAAAUCGAUUACGUAGUCAGCUUUAGCAGCGAAGACUCUGGUAACCCGGCCAGUAAUCUCCUAGCGAAUGAGAUCUCUAAGAAGAAGUGGCUGUGCAGUCGAGGGGAGCCGUCGUGUUCGGUGGUGCUUCAGUUGGCGGGAACUGUGAGGAUAUCCUCGGUGAACGUGGGGGCGCACCACGCCGCGCUCGUCGAGGUGCUUGUGGGGCGCUCCGAGACUCCCAAUGAGCCCUACAAGGUGCUGGUGCCAAGUUGUGUGUUCCUGUCACCAUCUGACUCCAGGAAAGGGGAGGGUGUGGACAAAGUGAGGUCAUUCAGUGCCGACCAGCUCGCUGCCGACGCAAAGGACCAGAAGUGGGACAGAGUGAGAGUGGUGUGCUCGCAGCCUUACAAUAAGCAUUGUCAGUACGGCUUGUCCUUUAUCCACAUAUUUGAACCUGAAGAGGGACCCUCAGCUGCAAACCCAGUUACUGCAUCAAACCCCUCCGCUGUCCCUAACCGCCUGUUCUCCAUGGACACACACUCCUCCGAUGAAGAGGAAAUCUUCAAGCCCGGAGACCUGUUUGCUAAAUAUCUACAGAACAAAAAUGCUGGAACCUCAACAGAAUCUCAAAUUAAACAAGCCAACUCACUAGCAAUCAAAAACGCAUCUGACUCAGCUUCAAAACUAGUGAAGACACCAAUUUGCAAAGACAAACAUAAAACAUCAUCAUCAUCAUCAGCCAAUCACAGCAACUCAACCCCAGACAGGAAACGAAACAGCCUCAUGUAUGAUGAUGAAGAUGACAGACCAAACUCUAAAAUAGAUAAAAUAGUUCAAAGACAUAAUGAUGACAAGAAAAAGAAAGAAGAAUCUGCUAAAGUGGAGACUCCUAAACCCAAAACAAAAGACAAUAAAACAGAUAAACAAGAAAAAGACAAAUUCUCCUUUGCAUUAGAAUCUGAAUCUGAUAAAAGAACAGAAAAGGCUAGUCAAAGUAAAAGUAGAGAUAAAGAAAAGCUAAAUACAAGUAGAAGUAGUGAAAGAAACGAUGACAGACAUGGUAAUAGAACCCCACAGUCCAGCAAAAAGGAUGAAGAUAGAAAUGGAAGGAGUCGCGAGGAAUCAAGAAAGCAUAAAAGAAGACAUUCUGGAGAACUUUCCUCUGAAAGAAAAGCGAAGCGCCCCCGGCCCGGCCCGGUGUCCUCCACCCCGCACACUCUUCUCUCCCACGUCGUGUUUGUUCUCUCCGGCUACGAGAACCCCCGGCGUGGUACAGUCAGAGACAAGGCGCUAGCUUGUGGAGCUAGAUAUUCUAGGGAUUGGGAUGCGAGGUGCACGCAUCUUAUAUGCGCGUUCCCAAACACGCCCAAGCUCCGUACAGUCCGCGCGGAGCCCAACGGCGCCUCAGCCAUCAUUGUCAAGGCUGAAUGGGUGGACGAGUGCUGCGCGCGCCGCCGCCUGCUGCCGUGGCAGUGGUUCGCCACGGAGCCAGCUAGGCUGGUGAAGAGGAGUGAGGAGGAUGAGGAGGAGUUGGAGAGGGAGGGGGGUGGGGAUGAAGAGGGCGACACCGACGAAGAAAUUGAAAAAGUUGUGCGAAAGCAAAAACAGGAUGAGGAGGGAAAACAAAAGCAAGAAAGAGAAAGAGAUAAUCAUUCAGCAGCAAAGAAAGAAGACAGAAAUACCUCAAAAGACAUGACCAGCCCUAAGAAACAACAAGACAUCAACAUGUCGCAAGGUUCAGAUGAUGUAGCGUUUGUAAGAGACGAAAGGAUAAAAGGCAAUGUCACGAUUAGCGAUUCUGAAGGUGAAAAAACUGAGGAAGACAUUCCAGUCAGAACCAAAGUGAAGAUAGAUGAGAGUAAAACAUUGCCAGAUUUUCUAGAUGGUUCCACAUUUGUCAUAGACAAGGGUGUUGUUGAUGAAGGAUUUGAUAUGGAACUGCUGAAGCGAUAUGUAUUAGCGUACGGUGGAGAGGUAUUAGAGCCAUCAAACAUAGAUUCGGAAACCGGAGUGACCUAUGUGCUAUGCGCAGACGCAAGUUGCGACGCGGCGCAAGUGGCGCCCUCAGCGCAGAUACUGCGCGCUGAUUGGCUGUGGCAGUGCCACCGGAAACGGAAACUGUGUUCCACUGACAAGUUUCUGAUAACGUAGUUUGAUUUUUGAUAAGAUUAUUGUUACUGUUGUGUUGAAUUAAUUGUU